GAAAAUCGCCAAAUCGGACUUAGUCUUCCUUUUUGUGUUUUCAUUUUCAUUUUCUUCAGAAAACCUUGCCAAAUCAGCGUCGGAAACAUGAACAAAAUGUCGAGAAGUUGCCAUAUUGUAUAUUCAAAACAGAAACGGCAAAAUGGCGGGAAUUAGCGUGGGUCCCGCGCGAGACGUUCCCGCGCAAGAUAUGAUUUCAUAUUUCACUAUAGUGAAAUACGGAAAAUAUCAGUGGCGUAUUUUACGGUAUUUUACUCAUAUCCAUAUAAUAAAAACUUAUAUCGUACACAUUAGAAAUCAGGACGAAUUCUGUAUCCGAUUCACAGAGAUUGAUUAAACAUUCAUUUCAGUCUUAUAAUAUGAUUCUCUUACAGGCAUAUUUCCUUAGCCUGGAGGAGAGGAGAAAUAUCAUUAUCGUCGUUAUGUCUGUGGCAGCAACGGGUACACUACUCAACUUCGUUGUAAUCAUUGCCAUGGCUAUCGAUCCUUUCAAAAUACUUCGCAAAGGACCAUGGGUAAACAUUCUGAACCUGGCAAUUGCCGACUUAAUUUCAUGCAUAUCGGGUUUCUGUCUCUGGGGAGGUGUAGUUUAUGCAUAUAACAACGAGGUAUACGUGUUCAGCAAUUUCGGCUGGGGUUUUGGUGUUUCCGCCUCGUUCCUAUGGUUGACAUUUCUCUCUGUACAAAUUUUCGUAAUCACAAAAUUUCCGCUCAAAAGUCGCUAUUGGUUCACCACUAUAAAGAUCGUAUUGGUUGGCAUGGCAGUUUGGCUCUUCGCAUUUUUAUUGGGUUUCACUCACAUCACCUACAGUUUCCAUUUGCCAUCAACGAUGAGUUUAAAAAUUUGGACAGCUAGUUUUGGCGUACUACUAAUCGCACUUGUCGUUCAAAUAGUCUUGAAUAUCCAAGUUGCGGUCGAGAUAAUUCGAAGUGGACGAAGCACUGGAAAUCCUCAAAAUGCCAAGCACAAGAAUAUCGCAAAGACUGUGAUCAUUCUUACACUGAUUCUCUUCCUCACUGUCUUUCCUUAUUUCUUAUUGAAACUACUAGAGUUUUUGGUAAGACAGGGAUACUUUAGUUCAGAUAAAACCGCCGUAGUAAUGUAUUACCUCUCUUACUGCCAUGCACCAAUUGCCAUGCUAAAUUUUGCGGCUAACCCAAUUCUGUAUGCCCUACGUCUACCCGAUUACAGGAAAACUUUGCUCGCUUUCGUUGGUAAAACCAGGAGUCGUUUUCCGAGGCCGAUAAACGCAGAACAGGUCGUCACAGUUAACAAACACGUUCUCCUUGAAAAGUCAAAGAGAAAGAGCGUCGACUAUGUCUGAAAAAAGUGAAAGGCACUCUGACUUGAAAGAGCUACCUAUUCCCUCCAACACUGAUCCAACACUUAUAAAAUCACAAUACAUGCUAUAUUUCAAAACGACCACUGCUGACCAAUAGACAUGUUCAGAAAAUGAUUUUGAAUUUAAAGUAUCCACAGAUCAAGUAUAGUCAAGAUCAGAAUAUAGAUUAGUCUUUAAAUAUUAAUAAAUUUAAGAAAACGGAUUCUGAAAAGGUUUGCGUAGUGUAUACAUCCUGUUCUUUUACAAAUUAGUUGGAGUUAGGGACCGGUCAUUAAUAAUGGGAGGGGGGCGGUGGGUGAUAAAUACCAAAUAUUGAACUUUUUUAGAGCCGCCCCCAAUCGCAAGGCCUUUAUUUUCAGGACGCCCCCACCCUCAUCUAGAAAAAUUAGGACCUCCCCCCUCCAACAUUUAGUUCGUUACAUUUUUUGGUGUAAAAUAAGUAAUGGGACAAGUACUGGGGACCAGUAUUCAAAAUGGUUGUUAUUUACUUCGACUCCUAUGGUGAACUGCAUAUACGUAAUAAACUAUGGAAACUACGAUUAUAGGAACUAAAAAAGGUUUAAAUAUUUUGAAAAUGAGUAGGAACGUAUUAAAAAAUUGGGGUUGCCCCUUGCGACAUAUUUUUCAGUUUGAGGCCGCCCCCAAUUCAGGCAAAAGUGAGUUGAAGCCGCCCCCCUUUUCUCACCCACCGCCCCCUCCCCCCUCCCAUUAUUAAUGACCGGUCCCUUGAUUGUCAAAACAGGCCUUUCUAACGGCAUGUUAAUUAAUAUGCGCAGUAGCGGCUCAUUUUCAGAUCUUUAUCGUAGGUGAAAACGUGCCUUACUACACAUGAACAACUUACAGUGAGACUACAAAAUUUCAUCUGGACGUUUUAUCAAUAUAUUUCAUAAACGUGUUCUAUCGAUAUCAUUGGAUAAAUUAUUGAUUUGACACCCAAAGUAUGACACAAAAAUAAAAUUAUCACAAAGUUAAUGGCUUUUUGCAGUUUUUUUUCAUCCCUAUCUGACUUGUAUGUGCGUUCUCUAAAUUUAAAAGUCAAACAAAUUUCCAAAGUGGUCGCUUCCUUUCCUCUUCUAAGCACUUUUCCAAUAGGCAAUUCAAAAACCUAAUUUUGACUCUUUUCCAUUGGAAAACACCUUUCCAUUGGAAAGGACCCUUGAACAGCAUUUGCAUGAACAAGCACAUUAUACAACAGCAGUAUUUUGAAAGUUUGGCCGCCAUAUUGGUGAACAAAUUUAGCGCAAUUCUGAACAGCAAUUAAUGCUUCCACAAUAUAUAACACAUUAUUUCACACUUGUGAAAACAGUGGUUACGAACUGUGCAGUAGUAAUUCAAAGCUGU